CUCUCUUUUGAAUGCAUCCUUCCCCCUCUUCCACUUUUCAUUCACUCUCAUCCUCUCUCCAUCUUCUUCGGCCAUGCAACAUAACCGACCAUGUUGUCUGAUAUCGUUCCCUUCCUUUUACUUUAUACUUUAUGCUUCACUUCACGCUGGUUAAAGACCUUCACCUUCAAUACACUCCUCUUUCUUUUCAUAUCAAGAUAUACACUCACUCAACGUCUCCACAUCUUAUCCAAAUCACCAAUUCAUCUUUGGACACGCAAUUACGAUUUUACCUUCAGUGGAUACUGGAUACUCAUCGCAGGCUUGCCAGCGAGAGGAGGGAUGGCAAGACUGGAUAGGGGAGAGGAAGAAAAAAGUGAACAGGAUGUACACUCUCAUUGGUAUACGAAAAGAGUUUGCAAAAAAUGGGCGUAGAGAAGUGAGCAGAGAACAGAAAAGACCCACAGGAAGAGAUAGUCCAGUCUGGAAUUACAGGAAAAUCUGCAGGGGAGAUCAAGGAAACACACGAAGCUCAGCUGACACAUUGACUUGGGCUUUUUUUUUGGUACGC